AUGAGAGUCUCCAGAGGAAAAUGCCACCUUAUUUACGCGCUGCUCUGCGUCUGCAUACACUGGACAAUCGUUCGAGCAGACAAUCUUCCUACGAAAAAUUGGAAAAUUUACGAUCCAGAGGCUACCGAGACGAGACACACUUUCAGGGAAGUGGACGAUUACGAAUCACCUCGUAGAACGAGCUUCCGGAGGAAGUUGAUCCCCAUAAAAGAGCCUCGAGCGAACAAAAGCUUCACGAUGCUGAGAUUGCCCUUGGAACCGGACGCCGAGAUGUUGCCAGCGCAUUACACGGGCGUCAAACCUCCCGGAGUCGAUCACAUGGAACUGAAGUACGCAGAGUCGCAAAUCUCCAAGGUUGUGCCUAAACUGGAACCGUCGAGAAAGUCCGAGCAGGCGGAUGGUACGCGACAGGUGUCCCAGAAGCACGAAUCAGAGAGCGAAGGUGGAGAAAAGGGUUACGAGAGGUCCGCUUCGUUCGAGAACGCGCGAACAGGUGACGAUUUGAAGCAGAAGAAGAAGACGCAGUACGCGGAGGCUGGUGGAAAGAAGAGAGUUCACGAUGAUAGAGGCAAUAAUUCGGGAUUAGAGUCGGAAAAGAGCGAAGACGAGUACAAUAAGGAUCACGACUUUUAUGACAACGACGAUCACGGAGGUCACUCGAAGAAGCAUGGACAUUACAAUGAAAAGCACAUAGCCAUUGAGGGGACGUUUAAGAAAGGCGACGCUCGAGGUUCUGGCUUCGACCAGGCGGAGCUACUCAAGCAGGGGAUCGAGGGGAACUCCCAGGCCGACAGAGAAACCAAAGGUCACGAGGCUGGCCGUGGUUAUGACGGAUUCUUUAAAAACUUCCAGGGAUUCGCGAAGCAGGGAGGCAGAAACGGGGGUAGAAGGUUUCGCUUCGGUCAGACGAAAGCGCGUUAG